AUGACGCACGCCCCCCCCAGCACACAUCCAACAGAGGAAACGGAAAAGACGAAACACAAGAGGCUUUUUCAUUUCAAAAUCCCGGGGCUGUGGAAGGAACAGAGAGUUCAUCCUUUUUUUUUUUCAAACCCAAACGUGUCCACUUUUGAGGAGUGGGGGGGGGGCUUCAUCGUCAGACCUCAACCCGGACCCUUCCUCUGCCUUAUUUAUUUCCCCCUACAUCUGUUUGUUUUUCCUCCAGCUGUUUGCAGCUGGCAAGCACCCGCCCUGUUUGGGAGGAAAAAAAGAGUGAUCGGAGGAGGAGGAGAGAGACAGAUGGCACCCCAAACUUCCCAGCCUCCGCAGGUGAGGAAGAACAUGCUGAAGUUCCUCCGGAGCUUCCUGGGGAUCAGCCGCAUCCUGCAGAUCGUGUUCGGCGCCGGGCUGUGGGUCACCAUCGCCGCCAACAAGUACGAGGGCUCCAUCCACUUCGUGCUCUUCGUGGCCGUGCUCUUCUGGCUCCUCACCCUCGGCCUCUUCUUCAUCACGCUGCUGGAGAAGCAGGACCUGGUGCCCCUGCUGGGGGGGGAGCGCUGGCUGUGCACCAGCCUGGCGCACGACGUGGCCGCCGCCGCGCUCUACCUGCCGGCCAUCGGCGUCAUGAUCUACAAGACGGACCGCACGUCGUACUGCAACCUGGACGUGUACAAGGAGUUCUGUCUGUACAAGGUCUACCUGACGGCCGCCGUGUUCUCCUGCCUGUGCUGCGUCUCCUACCUCCUGUCCCUGGGACACGGGGCGAGCAGGAGGUGCCGCGGCGAGCAGACGGUCCUCUGAGGCUGGGGCAGGAGAGGUGUGAUGGAGGAGGGAUCCACACCAAGAUGAGGAAUAGUUCACUUCACUGUAAUUCCAACCCAACGGCAUCUCCAUAACUCAGAUCCAUCCCUGUUGUCUCCUCGCAGCUCAGUGAUGAGGUAGCGUCACUCUGUGGCCUUGUGUGUUUCUGUGUUGCUCACAUGAUAACAAUCCAACAUCUUCUGGUCAAUGGGGCCUAGAUUCCCAGGAUGAGAGUCUGACUGGAGUUAGGUGGACAAAGUUUAACGGCUCUUGAAAUGUUUGUGUCCCCUCUUGCGUUUUAUCAUGUCUUCCCCCUCCCACAGAAUCAUUAGAAUGUUCCUGUGGGGAUUUAUUAAAGUGUUUAUGCAGUGAGUUUACAGUACAGCGCCUUAACAUGAUGUGUUUCGUAGAUAACUUGUGUAAUCACAGGUUUCACACCAAACCUUUAUACUUAGUGAUGUGAUAGCAUCACUCACAAUCACUCUGUGGCCUUAUAGUCAGUGUGUUUAUGGGUUCGUUGAGUUGUAAACAGCCCAGCAGCUUCUGGUGAAGAGGCCUCGAUACCCAGGAUGGGUUUAUGUUAGGAGGGCAAAGUAUUCCUCUUCUCUGUUAAGGCACAUGUCUUUGUCUCCCAGUCGUUUAUCAUUACUUUUAUCGACUAAUCUAAUCCUUAUCCCCUCUUACAGAAUCAUUAUGAUAUCCCUGUUGGGACCUAUUAUAAUGUGUAUGCUGUAAGUCUACAGUACAAAGCCUUAACAUGAUGAGUUUUGCAGAGUUGUGUUGGUACUCAGUAGUUUUCGCAAGGGGACUAUUUUCAUUAUCUUUUUUUAAAGUAUCUAAAUAUAUUUUUUAUCUGUUUAUAUGUUUUGUGUGAAGGCAAACUGAAGCGCGAUGGACUAAUUUGCCAACAUCCUGUUGACCAUGCAGCUCUGUUUUUGUUUGGUGUCACACUCUUGCCUACAGUUUUAUCUUCUGUCAGAAUGCUGUUUAUCAACAAGGUUGUGAUGACAACAGGCCGAUAACAUGGAUGUGACUGGUGCUACGAUGUGUAUGCUGAUCCCAAAGUAUUUAUCAUGUAAAGCCAAAGAGCCAAAAUGAGCAAGAAUAAAAAGCAGUAAGUCAGA